AAAUUCUCGUCUCUAGCAGAGCAGCGGCAGCUCAGAGUUACCGUUAGAGCAGACGUUCGCAGGGUCACUGCACUUGUUAGGAUCGUCUGCAAAACCGAGCUAAUGUCUUACUGAGCAACGUGGUGUCAAACAUCUCAACGUUAGCAUCGUUAAUUCCCCUCCACGCCUGUGUCAUGUGGUUUCCAUGUGUCGUCACUUGAUCUCAAUAAAGUUUUCGCGUUUUGAAACAUCAUGGCGGCCUACACGGUCCCAGCUGCAGUCAGAUGCUCAGUGAAAUUCUUGCUGAAAGACACCGUCCUGACCUCAAGGAACAUUUGCCGUCUGUCAGCCACUUGCACCGGAAGAGGUUACACUAGUUGGAGGACAUGUGCAUCAUUCAGCUCCUCGGCAGCAGAUGUCUGUGCCCUCAGUCAUUCAGCCACUGGACACUAUGAUUGCCUCGUUCAGUGUGGCUCCCUGAGGGAGGAUGCUCAGCAGAGAGAUGUGGUCCAGCAGCUGGCUCAGCUGCAGCACAGCCUGAAGAACUACAACAACAGCAUCUACUUGAACCCGCCUCCACCGAGGGUAAACCCAAAAGACGGCAGGUGUCGGCUUCCAAAGGAUAAACAUGCCAACAUGGCAUCAGCUGACAUCAGAGGUGAUGGAUCACCUGUUGAGGAGGAACCCAGUCCACCACCACCACCAAAAGGCUUCUAUAUAUAUGGAGAUGUCGGCACAGGGAAGACCAUGCUCAUGGACCUGUUUUACUCCCAUGUGGAAAACACUCGUAAAAAGCGAGUCCACUUCAAUGGCUUCAUGUUGGACAUCCACCAAAGGAUCCAUCGGAGGAAACAAAGCCUGCCAAAACGAAGGCUAGGGAAAAUGUUCACCUACGACCCCAUAUCACCGGUUGCCAUGGAGAUCAGCAAUGAAACCUGCCUGCUGUGUUUUGACGAGUUUCAGGUGACCGAUGUCGCUGAUGCCAUGAUCCUGAAGCAGCUGUUCGAGACGCUGUUCAAGACUGGAGUGGUGGUAGUGGCCACCUCCAACAGACCCCCCGAUGAUCUGUACAAAAACGGACUUCAGAGGGACACCUUCCUGCCUUUCAUCGACGUGCUGAAGGAGUACUGCCACACAAUCUGCCUCAACUCUGGGAUUGACUACAGGAGACUGGACAAGGCUGCAGCAGGAAAGCUCUACUACCUCACAGGGGAGCCUGCAGCGGGGGCCUUCUUGGAUGCACUGUUUGAGGAGCUGGCUUUAAGGCAAAAGAGUGUUACGGGCCCUCGGGUGCUCACAGUGCUGGGCAGAGACUUGACUCUGGAAAAGACCUGUGGCUCCAUCGCCGAUUGCACUUUUGAUGAGCUUUGUGGCAGACCACUGGGUGCAAGCGAUUAUCUUGAAAUGGCUCGGCAUUUUGACACCGUUUUCAUACGUGACGUUCCCAUGCUGACGCUGACCCUGAAGGACCAGGCGAGGCGCUUCACCACCCUCAUAGACAACUUCUACGACAGCAAGGUGAGAGUGGUUCUGCUGGCGGCGGCUCCUGUAGACCGGCUGUUUGUCCACACCGGAGGGGAGGAUGAGAGGGACCGACAGCUGCUGGACGACCUGGGCCUCAGCGGGGACGCAGCAGAGCACCUGACUCUGUUCACAGCUGAGGAGGAGAUCUUUGCGUUCCAGAGGACCGUCUCCAGACUGAUGGAGAUGCAGACGGAGUUGUACUGGAUGGAGGGAGAUCGCAGUCACAGCAAGAAGGAGCCAUGAACACCUAACAUCCACAACCUGAGAAGCAUAUACCUCCAGACAACACUGUACCUCGCUAACUAAUGACACUGCAUAACAGAAGAUGCAAUUUGCCAUUUGUCAAAUCUGUUUUUGAAGUUGAGAUGUCCAAGAUCUGAAAUCCGCAGUACAUAUAAAACUGUGCAAAACAAGACGUGUUUCCGAUUUGUCUCUGACUUCCCAUCAUCUUGUACGUGUGUUUUUCACAGUCUGGUCCUCCUCUGUGAGGUGUUCUCUCAUCUCCUCGUAGGCUAUUUAAAUAAUAUGGAAAUCUCUCCAACAUGAGUGAACCACAAGGCAAACAGGUGCUCACUUGAGUCCCUGUCCUUCAGAGUGGCUGGCUGGCGCCCUCUAGUGGCUACAUUUUAAAGGGGUAAAAUUCUCAAGCGGCUGCUGUUUUCUGUGCAGAUUUUGAAUGACUCCUCAAUUGAAUGAAACCCGGUGUAAAUUUAAAAUCUUGUGCAUGACAUUUCAUUUAGUGUUUUCUGAAUGAGACCAGAAUUCAGAGACGCAUUGAGGCCUCUUAAUGUCAAGGCUGUCAGAUUGGCAGUCAUGUAAAUCCAGGACUUUAUAAAAUAAGACCAUGACCCUGACUUUAGCAAGAGGGUUUAAUCACAGUUGCUGUUUUUCACCCGAAAUUGAAAAUUUGCACAUUAUUAUUAAACUCUUAAACGCUUAUGUCAAAGUCGGGUGAAGGUUUGUAGUCCACAAAACAUUUCUGGAGUUUAACAGCAAAACGGCCUUGCAGCUUUCUCCUAAACGACUGAAGGACUUGUUUUAAAAAGUAAAGGACAACCGAAUAAACACAAUACGAGUCCAUACAGCUUGCCCGGCAUAAUCUCCUGAAGCCUUGAAACCCCAAAAUGAUUUCAUAAGACAUUACUUUCAGCCUUUUUUUUUUUUUUCAGCUGAAAUCUUCACUUUUUGUUGAACUUUUUCUUAAAGGCUGUAUUUUGUUCAGCGAAGAGAAUUGUUCUGCAGUGUUGCGUGAGGUUGUGUGUUUUUAUGUGAUGGCUGCUCCAAACAGACCCUUUUCAUGGCAGAUGUUUUUACAAAGAGGAAAUGCACAGGUGUGACCAAUAGUGUCAACAAUGGCUCUAUAUUCCAUAAAGUGUCACGGUCAGCCAUGUGAGCGAGCACCAAAGCUCUGCUACCUACUUACUUUUAGCAGCAGGCUAAUGCUAAAUAACCAGUAGUUUAGCUUUCUUUUCCAGUGACUUGUUGACAGUUUAACUAUAUUCACUUUUGAAUGUACAUGAUGCCAGUAGUUAAAGGUAUGCUUCUAGAUUUUGGGAAAAAAAUUUAAUCAGAAGGAUUUUCAUUGAAUGUUUUUUAUUUUUUUUAAUGCCUAAAUAAACUCAAUAAACACAC